AUGUCUCUGCACUAUCUUCCUCCCGUCAAGCCCUCGGCUAUUGCUCUAGGGACCAUCUUCAACCACACCGUAGAGUUGGCUGUUCUCAGCCCACUCUUCGGCCAGACGUACCAGCGUGCCAAGGCUGCCGACACCAAGGAAGAGUUUGUCCGCUCCAAGGAGGCCACUUCCGCCGCCGUUGCAUGGGGCACCUCACUCGUCGGCUCGGCCCUGCAGUCGUAUGGCGUGGGAGCCCUCAUCAACGCCACCGGCACCCUUAGUUACAAGGGCGCCGCUUACCUCGGCGGGCUGAUCUUUGCGGCCACGAGUGGUCCUACCUUCCUCACCCAGCUCUUCACCGAGAAGCGAUCAGUCGAGACCGUGGGCAUCAGCGCCCUCGCCAAACUCUUCGAGACUGUCGGCCUCUCUGUGUUCCUCACCUACUGGGGCACUCGCACCAACCCGUUUGACUAG